CAGACGUGCGACCGAGCGACUCUUGAAGACAUCGAAGGAUCUGUUGAGGUAUUCGCGCCAUGCCAUGCUCGUGAGAUGUGACAGGGAUGCUCUGCCUGCCUUCAGCUAAGCUAGCUGAGUCGCGCCGAGUUUUGUGCCUUUGCUCGCCGACUAGCGCCGACCGGGCUCGACAUGUAUGGCGGCAGAGCAUCGUGUACUGUCAAUACAGUCACAUGUGACGCAUGGCUACGUCGGCAAUCGCUCGGCUGUCCUGCCGCUGCAGCUGGCCGGCCUUGAAGUGGAUGCCAUCAAUGUGGUCAAUUUUUCAAAUCACACAGGCUAUAGUCGCUGGGGAGGCGAGAAGAUCAGUGUCGAUGCCUUUGAAGACAUAUGGACUUCUCUCAAGCAGAACAAUCUAUGCGACUACACCCACCUCCUCACGGGCUACAUCCCCGGUGCAGCCGUCCUGCAAGCAGUGAGCGACUCGAUCGACCAGCUCAGAGCAUCCAACCCAGACUUCAUCUAUCUGCUCGACCCCGUCAUGGGCGACGAUGGCAAGCUGUACGUGAGCGACGAAGUCAUCCCCAUCUAUAAGGCUAUCCUGCCCAAAGCUACAUGCGCGACACCCAACCACUUCGAAGCGGAAGUCCUUACCGGCAUCAAGAUAGUCGACUUGCACACGCUCCGGCAAGCCUUGGAUGCCUUUCACGACCAAUAUCACUUGCCUCACAUCGUCAUCUCAUCCGUCCCUCUGCCUGUCAGCGCUCUGCCUGAUGUGGCAUCGAACGGCAACACAGAGUGGCUGGUCUGUGCAGGCUCGACGUGCUGCGCGGACCAGGACACCAAGCGAUUCAUGAUUCCUUUUGAGAAGCUAGACGAGCACUACGAAGGCGUGGGCGAUCUCUUCUCGGCACUCAUGCUUUCCAGACUGGCCAAUGUGGUCCAAGCCAAGCCUGUCGACUGUGAAGUAUCACCGCUAGCUUUCGCUGCCAGACGAUCCAUCGAGCAAUUGCAAGGCAUCAUCAGAGCGACCCAACGCUAUGCACUACAACGCGUCGGCGGGGACGCUUCGCGCUUGCUCGCUUCCUCCAAUGAAACGAUCGAGCACCGCAUCCGACGUUUACGGGCCGUCGAAUUACGCCUCGUUCAGAAUCAAGACAUCCUCAAGGGAACCUCGGGAACGGCCGCUCUGACAGCGUAUCUACUAUGGUGAGUCGCAAACCCUGUCCG